GGCAUGCUGCGGGUUUGCCUGUGAAUGUAUCUUGUGGGGAUUCGUUCAGGCUAUCUUUCUCUAUUUUCAUCAAUGCCAGCUCUGUAACCAUCUUUUAACUUUCAAGUUUGUCUAUCUUUCUAGUCGACCACAAAAAUCCAGAAUAUUAUCUGUCUAAUCUCAUGCCAGAGGACAUCGCACUACAAGUUCAGAUGCCCACCGACUUGCGCAGCAAAGACAAACUUGGGGCUUUUCAGCUGGACAAUGUGUCUGGGAAAUCAAGGGGAAUUGCUAGCCUGACAGUAGAUAUCCCCAGCUCGCAUCGUAGCCAAGGCCCAGAGGAAUCGAGGCCGCCUGCAAGAUGGAGAACCACAGAGUUCUUGGUUUAUUAUUUAAUCGCAAUAAUUGUGUUACCGUGGAUGAUUUGGGUGCCUAUUAGCUUGAGUACAUCAUCUCAUGUAAAUUAUCCAUUUUAUCAUUCAAGGCUAUACCCUGGCUGGCUUUUCGGCCGUGAGUUAGAUAAUAGCGACAGCCAAUAUCGCUCUUUUCGCAACAAUAUACCAGCACUCUCUAUCCUCGCGGCACUCUUCCUAAUUUUGAAGUUCAUAUACACCAAAUCUGUUCUACGCUCCCUUCCAGAGCCGCCGUCACACCGCCUUUAUCUUAUACCGUUUUUCGUAACCUUUUCCAUUCUCAUGUUGAGCGUCCUACAUGGCGCCAGCAUUAUCAAAAUAUUCAUCAUCCUUACAAUGAACUAUGCCAUUGGUUCAAGCUGUAAAGGAUCCAAGUUAGGCCCGCUUUUAACAUGGGUGUUCAAUGGCGCGGUUCUAUUCACAAAUGAAAGGAACUCAGGAUAUAGAUUUAGUAGUCUGCAUCCAUCACUCGAGAUACUGGAUUUCAUACAAGGAGUAUAUCCUAGAUGGCAUGUCAGCUUCAACAUUACUAUGCUAAGACUCGUGUCAUUCAACAUGGAUUACUAUUGGGCUUGUAAUAGAGUGAGCGAGGAGGAUUCUGGAGCAUAUCUAACAGAAAAACAACGGAGCAACAUUGCACACCCCAUCGACGUUUACUCUUAUCAAAACUAUGUUGCCUAUGUUCUCUAUUCGCCAUUAUAUAUAGCAGGACCUAUCAUGACGUUCAAUAACUUUAUGUGGCAGCUUCGGCGCCCCAUUGACAUACCAGGUCGAACGAUCAUACGCUAUCUCGUUCGAUUCGUCAUCAGCCUCCUCACCAUGGAGUUCAUCCUUCACUUUAUGCAUGUCGUCGCAAUCAAAGAUGCUAAAGCUUGGCCUGGCGAUACACCAUUCGAGUUGAGCAUGAUCGGCUUCUGGAAUCUAAUGAUUAUGUGGCUGAAGCUGCUCUUGCCAUGGCGAUUCUUCCGCCUGUGGUCUCUCGCCAGCGGCAUCGACCCCCCAGAGAAUAUGGUGCGGUGCAUGGUCAAUAACUACUCUACUCUCGGUUUCUGGAGGAGCUGGCAUCGCAGCUACAACUUAUGGAUCAUCCGAUAUAUUUAUAUCCCUCUUGGAGGCACCAAGAAUGCGACGGUUACCACAGUUUUGAUUUUCUCAUUCGUUGCACUGUGGCAUGACUUGUCCUUCAAGCUGCUUGCAUGGGGCUGGCUGGUUAGCUUGUUCAUUCUUCCGGAACUUUUUGCCAGCUUCCUCUUCCCCGUGUCGAAGUAUGGCCAAAAUUGGUGGUACCGACAUGUCUGCGCCGCAGGUGGAGUUCUAAACAUUCUUAUGAUGGUUUCCGCCAAUCUCGUUGGGUUUGUCAUCGGGACGGACGGCAUGUUGUAUAUGGUAAAAAAGAUCUUCGGAAGCUUGGAAGGUCUUCGUUUCCUCGUGGGAGCAUGUUGUUGCAUCUUCGUGGGAGUCCAGCUGAUGUUUGAAUACCGGGAAGAAGAGAUGCGGAGGGGUAUCUAUCGCAGGUGCUAAGGACACAUCACUGAACGGUGCCUUUUUGCUUUCUGUACAAUGGGUAUUUUUCUUUGAUACUGUUAUCUUGAAUGGUGGCAACGAAUGGUCGUACAUAAUAGGUUUGGAUUUCCGAGAGAGAAAAAAUAAAAUCUUUGACCGUUUCUCUU